AUGAACGUCGCAAAACUUACCUCAGGUCUAAGCACUCGGGUGGCAGCAUCCGCCUCGCCCGGGGGCCCCGGCGGUGACUUUGACUUUGACCUUUUCACCAUCGGCGCCGGCAGCGGCGGCGUCCGGGGAUCACGCUUCGCCGCCUCCUACGGCGCCAAGGUGGCGGUGUGUGAGCUGCCCUUCGAUUACGUGAGCUCCGAAACUCGUGGGGGUGUGGGCGGUACCUGUGUGCUGCGUGGCUGUGUGCCCAAGAAGCUCAUGGUGUAUGCCUCCGAGUACGCGGACGACUUCCGGCACGCGGCGGGAUUCGGUUGGUCGGUUCCCACGGAGGGACUGCAACACAGCUGGACCUCCUUCAUCGAGGCGAAGAGAAAGGAGCUGCAGCGUCUCAAUAACGCCUACAAGAACACGCUUGGCAAUGCCAAGGUGACUCUGCUCGAGGGUCGGGGUCGAGUGGUGGACCCGCAUACCGUGGAGGUGGAUGGUAGGCGGUAUAGCGCCAAGAACAUCCUGAUCGCGGUGGGUGGUAAGCCCAGCAAACUGGAUAUCCCCGGGGCGGAGCUGUGCAUCACCUCUGACGAGGCUCUGGAGCUGCCGGAAUGCCCCCGCAAGGUUGCCGUACUGGGAGGUGGCUACAUCGCGGUGGAGUUCAGCGGUAUAUUCGCACGUAUGGGGGCGGAGGUGCACACCGUGUACAGGCAACCACUGCCGCUCCGGGGCUUUGACGGGGAGGUUCGGAAGUUCGCGGCCGAGCAGUACGCUGCCGCGGGCCUUGUACUGCACCCGGAACUGACCCCGCAGUCGGUUAGUCGACAGUUGGAUGGGCGGUUGAGUCUGGUGGUUGCCCGGAGCGAUGGCAGUACGGAGGUCCUUCAAGAUCUGGAUCAGGUGCUCAUGGCCACGGGCCGCGUGCCCAAAACCGAUGGAUUGGGAUUGGCUGAGGCGGGGGUGGAGCUGGGGCCCAAGGGGCAGGUGCUGGUGGACGAGUAUUGCCGUACUGCCGUACCAUCUAUCUGGGCGGUAGGUGACGUCAUCGACCGCAUCCAGCUAACUCCAGUUGCCCUGAUGGAGGGCAUGGCGGUGGCCAAGUCCGUGGCUCUCAACCAGCUCACCCAGCCCGACUACUGGGCGGUGCCCUCCGCCGUGUUCUCAAACCCCGAGAUCGCGACGGUGGGUUACACCGAGGAGGCCGCCUCCGCCCGGUUCGGUGACCUGGACAUCUACACCGCCUCCUUCCGGCCCAUGAGGAACACCGUCAGCGGCAGCCCCCUGAGGACCUUCAUGAAGAUUGUGGUGGAUGCAGCUUCUCAGAAGGUGGUGGGCAUGCACAUGGUUGGGGCCGAGGCGGCGGAAAUUAUGCAGGGCUUCGCUGUGGCGGUCAAGGUGGGGGUGACUAAGGCGCAACUGGACAGCGUGGUGGGAAUACAUCCCAGUGCAGCGGAGGAGUUCGUCACCAUGCGCUCCGUCAGCCGCAAAGUCCGGCGGGAGGUCCCCGCCAACCCAGUGGCACCCGCACCCGCAACUGCCGCAGCGUGAAGGGGGAGAGAGAGAGGGGGGGGGGAGGGAACCCAACCGAUUCCAGCUGCCUCGACGGGAGGAAGCGCACUUCACCCCGCUGAUGCGCCGACCUGCAGAUCUGCAGUGUUUCACUGCUGCUCUGAUUACCCUCUACUGGUCUGCCUGCCCGUGGCCCCUUACGAGGGGUGAAUCGGCCUUAAGAGCGAUGCAGUGCACCGGCUGGCUGGCUGGCUGGCUGCCGGCGACUUGCCAUGCGGGUGUAGGUGGAUGUGGUGCUGUGCUGUGAGGCUUUUCUUGGAUCCUGGCGGCGGCGGCGGCGGCGGUGACUAGAUGGUUCAAUGGUGGCAUUCCCGUCCGGUUGGUGCUCCCGGCCAGUCAGUCAGUCAGUCAGCCUGCUGCCCUCUCAGCCAACCUUAGUUGGGGCUUUUUGAGGAGGAGGAGGGAAGUGGGGUUGGGGUCCUAGGUUUGGGCUGGAUGAGUCUGGAGCGGGCCCCGCCUCCGCCUGGGUGUGCCUGGGUUGCAGCAUAGUGGUCCGUUGGAAGAGAGCGGUUGGGGUUCCGUAGCUCCCGUCAAGUGAUGUGUCGGCAUGGCCGCGGCCUGUGACAUUGAGAGGCAGGAGGACAGACACACGGUCUUCAUCACCUCGUUUUCCUCGUUUGGAAGUUGAAAGGAAAACUGGGUUUUAUUGUGUAUGUGCGCUUGGAUAGUAUGGUCGAUUUGAUUAGGCGUUACUUGCCCGGCUGGUUCGUGAGUUCGAAUCCACACGUGAUUCACAAUUCACAAGCCGCCGCUGGGUGGUGAAGUCUGAGGGAGCGCGGCCUGGUGCGGGUUGGCGUAGAUACGCCUUUCAAUACAGAAGGUUUACAGCUUUUUGCUCUUUUUGCUAUUUUACUGAAUUUUCCUUAACUAUGCAACUGUAAGUCGGAGGAAUGGAUGAUAUGGUGAUGAUAAUGAUAAUGAUAACGAAUAUGAUGUAGGUGCUGCAAGGCGGAGAUUUCAGCGGAGAGCUGAGCAAGGCAUCUGUGUGUGUGUGUCUGUGUGUGUUUUCUUGGGCCGGCAUUACUGGAGAGUAACGCCAUGGCCAGGACUUAUUUUUCCUAUGCUAUCUGUGUAUACGCGUAUUGCUGCGGCAUGGGCAUCUUUACAUGUGUACCAAGUACG